AUGCAACGAGAGGAGCGACAAGCAGAGGGCAAGAGCAAGACGCAAGACGCAAGACGCAAGACGCAAGACGCAAGACGCAAGACGCAAGACGCAAGACGCACGGGGCGCCACGUCUCUCACGGCCAGAGCUGGCUGAACGGCCACGCCAAUGAGGCGGCGGCUUUUGUGUGCCGGGCACCUUCCUUUUCGCUGGAUGUCAUUCCGUCCUUUUUGUGGCCGCGCCAACUCUCGCCUUGCGGGCCAGCUGGUCCACACGACAGCACACCAGCACACAAGCACGGCGACACCGUCAAAAGCAGCAGCUGCUGCAGCAGCCGAUCUGUGGUGGCGCCAUUCCCAGACUCACCAGUGUUCAGAGCAGAAUCCGCACCCUUUCUGUGGACACGACCAGAUGGAGACGGGGGAGCGUGUGCGAGCUCCGACAGGCGCGACAGCGAGGACGAUCGGCCGUGGAAUGGUGUGGCGGCAGUCGUCUCUGUCGAACAGGUGUGCCGGUGCUGCAGGCCGUGUCUGAGAGGGCUGCGGCUCGUCGUUGGAUCGGUUGGCCGUGUGGACGCGCAGAGCUGCCGAUGGUUGGCUGCUGCAGUCGAGUGCGAUGUCGUGUUUGGCAAGCUCUAG